GCACUAUAGGACGACUUGAACUGCAAGGACCUCGGAGAAUCCAUCUACAUACGCUAGGAUGUCAGCGGAGCCUCCUGCAGAGCAUGACUGUCCUGCCGAGCCGUCUGGUACGCUCGAGGGACUUAAUGCCACUGGAUUGAAGUUCAACGACCACGUGAAGACACCAACGGAAAUGAACACGAACGAGGAGAUACCUUUGGAUUGGCAGGAGGUUAUUCAAUUGCAGGCAUUCAGUGAAAGGAAGGCCUGGAUUGAGGAAAAGAUUGCUUUCUUAGAGAAACUGCCUCCAAUAGAGGUCUUCGCUGGCUUAGACGCCGUUAGGGCAUCCGCGGAGACGGUUCCUGGCUUACCAACUCGCGAACAGUUGCAAGAGUGGAUGGUAGAACAUGAUAGAAUUGAGAAAGAGACAGAGAUAUUUGAUUCUGGUGAGCUUAAGAAGCUACGAGAAGUGACUAAAGCCGCUUCCAAGCGCAACCUGUCCCCGGAAGACACAGAUCUCAUUGAACUAACCCUGACGACUAUAUACAAAUUGGACAAAUUGUUGCAUCUUCUUCGAGACCGCACUGAACACCUGGAUCUACUGUCAACGAGACUUACUUGGGAGGAACAUCGUAUCGGGGCAUGGGUAGAGUACCGCCAUGUCAGCCAGGAGUUGCGCGAAUUCCUGGAGGGUCGAGCACGAUGGUCGACCACUAUAUAUGAUCAAAUGGGCAAGGUGCAAGAAACCCCGGUUCGGCGCGGCUCAGUUAGUUCCAUGACUUCCGUGCAUUCAGAGUCAUCCGUAUCUAGCUCGGGGAGCUUCUCCCGUAGUGCUCGCUUUAAGCAGGCGGAGACUCUCUCGCGGGAUGCUGCCCAGUUUGCCAGCCGGCUUUCCGCUCUCAGGCAUGGCAAAAUCGCAAGUGCGGGCAAGGCGCUGGACAAACUCAUUGAUACCAGCCGUAGGAGCGUCCCCGAUGAACUAUUGGAUGAACAAGAUCGGCUGGAGAACAAGGGCAUAAUGGAGAUGGAAAACCUGGGCAAGUUCGUCUUAGGCGUUGUCAUGCAAUGGAAAAAGGCUGAUGAAAUAUACGUCGAGUCACUCAAAGACCAGGCAGCUGCGCAGACUCUCAUAGAAGAAAUAAUGUCCGCCCGACGUGGCCAUCCUACUGCGCGGCAGGCAGCUGCAUACACGUCAAGAGCCGAUGCAUUGAUUAAGCGUGUUCAAACAAGGACCAAUCCGGCUUCUCCCAUAAGUACAUUUCCACGACCCACUCACCCACUGUAUCCCGAUCAACAGGUAUUCAAUGAUACUAUUGCGCGAACGCUUUCCGAGGAACUCAAGACAGCGUUGGACCUUAGUAAACAAGCGGGCGCCAUCGCCAAGGAGUAUUCUGGCACAUUUACAGUCGUGAAGCGUGUAGAAACCCUCUCUCAGGCAGCGGAAGCGUCGUGCACACGCCUUGCAAGCAUUAUCGACCAACUUACCAAUGGAAUCGAGACUUCGGAUGGGGACGGCUCACCCCCGGACCUGAACUCGGAAAGAUGUUUAGAAACCCAACGCCAUGAAGUAUUCCUUGCUCUCAUGCCUUCGCUCUUGGUCCAGCUGGAUGAGCAACGUCGUCUCGCACUUGGCUACUUAACCCAGCUCCGGGAGGCUAUGACAGACCUUGACGAUGAUUGUCUUGACUCGACUUUUCUGGCCUCCGUUACGUCCUGCAUUGAUCGUUUGGUUCAAUAUUCGACGAAUGCAGCCGAAGUUCGCUCGGAGGUGGAGGGCCGCGUAGCGAUGCUGAGGGACGUGCGCAAGGUAUGGGCAACCAUGACACAAACGAGGCAGACUCUUGAAGGAACGCGGCGCUCCGUGCAUGAUGCUAUGCUCAAGAAUAAAUACGUGUCUGCCGCCGACAGGGGUGCCCAGUCUUUGACUCCGGAGAGCCCAACUCACGUUAUAUCUCUUCCUUCACUGGACGACAUAAGGCCCGAACUCGAACACCUCCGGAUUAUCAUGGAUCAGACAAUUCCAUCUCUUCUAUCGCCCCUUUCUCAAUCUCUCAAUGCAUCCUUAUGGGAUUGGCUCUACAGCGAGCUUGACAGGCUUAGAGAUGGUCUGGACCGUGUGCAAGACAUGUGCAGAGUUUGGCAAGCAGUCCGAUCUCAACGUGAUGCUAUGACGGUGGUUUGUGACGAGGUCAACGAUCUGCAGCUGCGCAUUGAAGAUGCCAGGACACGGUACGACUUAAUUAUCCAGGAUGUCAUGUCGAAUGGUACGCAUGAAGAUGAAGUACGCAAUGCCGGUAGCCCUGUAUCACUGUCGGAGCUGCAGAAGGAUGUUUGCGCGUUCACGGACAGUCUGGCUCAACGUGUACCGCUGCUCACCUCUAUGUUGCCUGUCUCCAGCUUCCCUUCAAGCUCGCUCUCUGCUAAUGAUGACCAGACAGGGUCUCAUACUUUGCGGGGGGAACUGCAGAUCAACUCACUGCUGGAUCCUAUUGCGCUGGAUGGCGCAGUCCGGACAGAUAUAAACCUAUUUUCAAUGAGGCUAGCCGGAGAUAUGCAGGCGCUACUGCGCAAGACUGAUCAUUAUAACGUUGCGAAGAUCGCUCGCGCCAUCGAUGAAGCGUCAUCCAGUUUGGACGGCGUCCUUAGUGAUGCGGAGGUCGAGCUCGGAAACGCCAGGGCCGCAUUUGAGAGCCUCGGUUCUACAGCACUUGACACUGAUGCCCUGGACUCGCUCGCCCUCCAAGUCGACGGCAUAUUGCAACUCCACGGGCCAACGCUCGCUCAUUUAUUGGCUGGCAUCCAAGAUCAGGUUACCAAGAUGGAGUUACUCGCAGGUAAUAUCGACGCUAGCGUGCAUGACACCCUCGUCACUGAAAGGAAAAGGAACUUGGAGGACGCUCGUGGUCGGACGGCUUCUUGGAAUGCGAAUGUAGAUGCUCUUCAGCGCUCUAUAUUACACGCGCAACGUGCCCGGACUCGGAGAGAGCACGAACGACAGUUGGCCGAAACCAAACGCUUACAAGAAGAGCGAGAGCGACUAGAAGCUGAACGGCUGGAGGCUGAGCGGCUAGAGCAAGAGCGUCAGGAGGCUGAACGGCUGCAGCGAGAGCGCCUAGAGGCCGGACGUUCGGAGCGAGAGCGGCUCGAAGCUGCACGGCUGGAGGCUGAGCGGCUAGAGAAAGAGCGUCGAGAGGCUGAACGGCUGCAGCGAGAGCGUCUGGAAGCGGAACGUAUGGAGCAAGACCGUCUGGAGGCUGAGCGUUUGAAGCAGGUGCGUCUGGAAGCCCACCGGUUGGAACAAGAGCGAAUUGAGGCCGAGCGUCUGGAGCGUGAACGUCUGGAAGCUGAACGGUUGGAACAAGAGCGAAUGGAGGCUGAACGGCUGGAAGCUGAACGUUUGGAGCGAGAGCGCGUGGAGGCUGAGUGCCUGGAGCGAGAACGUGCAGAGUCCGAGCGGACGACUACUGCUUUGCUGCCUGUGCAAGAAGAACAGUCGACAGAGGAACGUCCUUUAGAGGACGAAGAUGGUCCUGUGCCUGAAACUGGAUUGGACGUGGCCUCAUCCGAUGUCCCAUCAAUUGAGAAUGAGGACGCGUCGGGGAGUGGUCGAGUGGUUCCGCAACCGGAUGCCGCGGAACCAAGCCUUAUGAAAGAAGAUGUAUUCGGCUUGCAGGUGUCCACGUCUCCACCACCUCCUACUGUGCCUUCAGAAAUGCUGGAUCUACAAACCAAAAUAUUCGGUCUUAGGAGACGAUUGCGCGCCCUCAGUCUUGACAAGGUCGCAAAGCCCUCCUCGUCAAAUACAUCAUUACCUACCGACGAGGACAGGAAGCACCUCGUUGCACUGUUCUCAGGCAUAGUGCAGGAGAUGGAUCAAUUACCACCUGCUGACGGGUGUCCCUUGAGUACGGAACUCAAGUCUCUGCAAGCUGAUGUGCUCGCCGCCCAAGAAAUGCUGUCACGGAUCAAUCAGCUGGCGAAUUUGUUUGUGUUAAUUCAGCACUGUGACAAUUGUCUCAGUGAUUUGCUUGAGCACAUCGACAGUUAUCCUGCCCCUCCUGCUGGCCCUCUGUUGUCUUCCUACGUCUCUCAAGUGACCAGUCCGCCGGAGGAACAACUGCUUGCUAGGGUAGGCUUCACUAAAACGGUGAUUGCUCGCAUGGAAGCACAGUGUGAAGAAGUCAGCGACGACCCCCGUGCUACAUCCGAGAAAACCCGAGUGUUGCAAACUUGGACGGAAUUGGACGAAAUGAGCAAAGAGAGGCUCGCCGAGAGCAAGUCUCGAUCGGUUAGUGUGGUCUCUCGACCAGGGAGCGUGAUUAGUUCUGGUAGGAAUAGUUCAGUGUCCAUGAACAGCAGUUCCAAUCGGUCCAGUCUUUCCAGCGCCCAUAGGAAGACUGACAGUUACGCCAACCUGUCCCUUCGGCCCUCUCGUGGGCGGCAUCUGGCACCACCCGUCAUCGGUCCUAAACGGUCUACUUCCAAUACAACGGAUACUUCUCGAAGAUCCUCCAGUAGGCUAUCAAUCGCGUCGACGACGCGUUCGGUAUCCGGGUCACAGGUACCAAGUUCAUCCAGGCUUCACAGCACGACCUUCGCCUCCCGGCAACGGACAAUGAGCACCACAUCGAAUUCAUCGACUCUCACCUCUCCAAAGGUAGUGCCCGCGACGCCCAGUCGUCCUCGAGCUCAGACUGGCCAAAGUCGGCAACGUAGAUCCCCGACAUUGUCUGAUGCGUCUUCCCAUCGCUCGAGCGCUUCUCUCUCUACUUGGUCUCGAGCUCCACGAGAGUCACUCACGUCCUUACGCAAAGUCUCUACUCCCCGGAGCAAGAUUCCCCAAAUGACGAAGAAGCCCUACAUUCCUAAUCCGAAGAACAAACUGGAUGUUGCAGUCGGCGACGUUGUGAACAACCUACCUGUGAACAUCAAUAUCGAGGUUGUCGCAGAUACUUGGAAGGACCAGAGCGGAAAAUACUGGAUUGGCGAUCAAGAGCCCAGGCUAUGCUUCUGCAGGAUUUUACGAUCUCAAACUGUCAUGGUACGUGUGGGUGGAGGAUGGACAGAAUUAUCGAAGUUCAUCAAGAAUCACUUCGCUGACCUCUUCCGCCUGAUGCCAGAAUCUCCGCCCGGUACGACUGCCCCUCGGGAGAAAUGGAUCAGCUCCAAGACACUUCUCGACAACACGAGUGAUUCAUUUCGACCUCAGACGCCCGAGUCCAAGGACGCUCAUCUCCCGUCGUUCGCAUUAUCGACACCGAGCGGGAGAAGUCCGCACUCAAUCAAGACGACGUCUUCGCCUGGUUCACCCUUGACUCCGUUACAGUUCAUGCGGCGAGCUGAGGGUAUGGAACGCCCUGUCACUCCCACUAAGAGGCCGCCGUCCACCACACGCAUCAAGAAGGUCGUUCCCAAUACCCCUUCCCGUACCCCGGGACCAGUGUGGAGGCCUUGAAACCUAUUGCUUGUACUAAGUCCUGCUCCAUUUCCUAAUAUUGCUGCAUAUACGGACACAUAUUGUUGACCGGCUGAUUCCCAUGGUGCCCACUUGUUUUCCAGAAUUGUUGCAUUGUAUCCUAGAUUUCCUCGAACUACUCGUACACUACUGCUAAUUUAUUCGCGAGAGUUUAUGCAUGACGUGGGUA